CCCAGAUGUCAUGCUUAUUGAUAUAAUUCCAGGAGUCUUCCAACCAGAUUUCUGAAGUGGUGGGGAAAAAAGAGAAAUUGGGGGAAGUUACUGGAAUUUAGCAACCCUAGGUUGUCCCCGUUUGAUAUGGUCUGACAUGACCGCAUUCUUACAAUGCUGUACAGAAAGCGGUACUCUUAUCAGUAAUGUAUACACAGUGCACAAAACAUGAAUGCCUUCCUAAUAGUUGCACAGCUUUUGCCCUUAGAACAGCCUCAAUUUGUUGGGGGUAUGGACUCUACAAGGAGUUGCAAGUGUUCCACAGGGAUGCUUCCCACAGUUGUCAAGUUGGCUGGGUGUCCUUUGGGCGGUGGAACAUUGAUACAUGGGAAACUGAGUGUGGAAUAACCCAGCAGCGUUGUAGUGCUUGACACUCAAACUGGUGUACCUGGCAGCUACUGUAACCCAUUCAAAAGCACAAAUAUUUUCUUGCCCAUUUGUUUGUGUGCCAUUCAGAGGGCAAUCUUUUUUUUUUUAGAGUGAGCAGCUUUAAUAUAGCAGAUUGUGGCUUCUAUCAAUGUAAUUGUCUGCAUUUCCAAACCCCCAUAUUAUUUUUUAGAGAUGUAUAAUCCUUGUCUCAUGACUUAAAUCCUCAUUUAGCCUGUCUCCUCCCCUUCAUUUACACGGAAGUGACUAUAACCGGUGACCUCAAUAAGGAUCAUAGCUUUCACCUAGUCAGUUUAUCAUGCAAAUCUUUUGUACACAGUGUAUCUGUCAUAGCUAUGUGAGAAGACUGGUAUGGUUCCAAAGAUUAAAUUGGGUGGUGGACAAAGUUUAAGGCUAAAGUUUAAUGUAAACUAACAUUUAAGUGUACUUUCUCUCAGGACCUGCAGUUGCAGUAUUUGAAACAUACAAUUCACAUUUCUCACCCUCUUUUUCAGAUAAAAUGAAUCUGUCAGAUGCUCUGGGUGGUGGACCGGGCUGUCCAGGCCAGAACAACCAGCAGGGUGGUGGGGGCGUGUGGCCUGGUGGACAACCCAACCAACCAACAUGGCCAGGACAGCCUGGUGUUCAACCGGCUUGGCCUGGUCAGCAGCAACCAGGCCAGCCCACCCCCAUGUGGCCUGGACAACAACCAAACCCUUCCCAACCCUCAUGGCCGGGGCAACAAUAUGGAGGUGGAGUACAGCCCAGCCAGCCAACCUGUCCCGGACAACCAGGGGGAGGACCGCCCAGCCAGACAACAUGGCCAGGGCAGCCUAGCCAACCUACUGCUCCUCAACAUCAUUCACUGAAAGUGCCAUAUGUUCAGAGCCUGCCUAACGGAUGCUAUGACGAGAUGGUCAUCACCAUUAACGGGACAAUUAACCACAAUGCCAAAAUGUUCACAUUGAACCUGACCAAAGGGAAUGACAUUGCCAUGCACAUUAACCCUCGCUUUGAUGACCAUGGCAAGAAAAUUAUUGUGAGGAACAGUCUGAUUGGCAAUAAAUGGGGCAAAGAGGAGAGAGGACACAACCACUUCCCCUUCACUCAGGGCCAGCCCUUUGAGAUGAAAAUCAUGUGCACUAACAAUGAGUUCAGGGUGGCAGUGAAUAGCUCGCACCUCCUGGAGUUCAAACACCGCAUCCGUGACCUCGACUCAAUCAAACACCUGGGUAUCUACAAUGACGUCACCCUCACGUCUGUGGAGAUCAGUGACUUUAUCUAGCAGGUUUGGUUCCAGCCAUAGAAAUAGAAUGACUAGCAUGGCCUAGCCUCAAGUUAUUUAUGAUUCCAAAGACUUCUCUUAAUUGUCUAUAAACAGAAAAGUACAGUAGCUUGACUCCAGCUUUAAUUAAGCCACUAGGACUGUCACAUCCUGUACUAGGCCGGUCUGUUCUGUUAAAAUAUAUUUUGAUAAGUGAAAUUCGUACCUGGCCAAUUCAUACUUUGGUCUUCAAGUAAUUUGUGUAAGCUGGUAAUGUAUAGACUGUAUGCAAUAAAUGUGGUGUUGGCAGAUUUUUCUCCAUGUAAAGACAAUACAUGAGUUGUCUUGAGUGAUUGUAUAAUGCAUCCCACUAGGUGGCAGAGUUGAUAUGUAAAUGUUUGAGAACCACAAGAAGUCUAGUAUUUGGAUAGGCUGGGUAAAAACUAAUUGUAGCCUACCUGUACACAGUGGAACUUAAACACCUAGGCUAUUACUUUACAUUAGUCAAUGACGCACUGUCAGUCAAAUCCUUAACCCUGCAAAUAUGAGCAAGUUUCUAGACUUUGCUUGUUGGUCAUGUAGGAUUUCUAUAGUUUCUCCAUGAGUGGUGAUUUAUCUUCAGCACUUAAUGUUUACUUGGAAGAAAGGGUCUUUGAGCAAUAUUGUUGAUGAUCAUCUCAAGUGAAGCACUGACUUUACAGAAGGAGCAUGUUGACUAAAUCAACACUGCAUCUAUUCACUAGCCACUAAACAAAAUAUGCUAUUUACACCACUGACAUUUCUGCUUUGAUGAAUUUAUUUCAGUUCUCUAUUUACAGACUACGGAGUGCUUCUGCUGGUGUCUAUCACUAGUGUUUCUCAUGUUUAGUGAUGUGUUGUCACAAUGUGGCAUAACUUGUAAAACACUCCUGAAACUCUCACAAUGGCUUUUAAUUUGUGUUCAAACAUUACAGCCCUUGCUGCCCUCCACCCUUUGUGCUGUUAAGAUCUCUUAAGACGAGACUGGCAAGAUGCAUUUAUACAUGACACAUCAUAAGGACUUUGUCCUGCCACUGUUUCCGGCAUGCCUCUGGCUCUUG